GGCCAAUCGGCUGGGCGUCCGCCUCGGGCCGGGCUCGUCAUGGCCGCCAUGCCGUUCGGGGCCGCGGAGGAGCCGGCGCAGCUGUCCGGCGGAGCUUUGCCCGCGGGCAGCCUGGGCGCGGCCGACGCCUUCCCCAAAGACUUCGGCUACGGCGCCGACGAGGACGAGGCCGGGGAGGACGACGGGGCCGAGCUGGCGGGCGGCGGGGGCGGCGGCCUCGGCCUGGCGGGGCCCGGAGGCGGGCUGGGGGCCGGCGGGGGCGACUCCUCCAAGCAGCCCCGCAUCCUGCUGAUGGGGCUGCGGCGCAGCGGGAAGUCCUCGAUCCAGAAGGUGGUCUUCCACAAAAUGUCCCCCAACGAGACGCUCUUCCUGGAGAGCACCAACAAAAUCUACAAGGAUGACGUCUCCAACAGCUCCUUCGUCAACUUCCAGAUCUGGGACUUCCCCGGCCAGAUGGAUUUCUUCGACCCCACCUUUGACUACGAGAUGAUCUUCCGAGGCACCGGAGCUCUCAUUUACGUCAUUGACGCCCAGGACGACUACAUGGAAGCGUUAACCAGGCUCCAUAUUACGGUUUCCAAAGCCUACAAAAUCAAUCCAGAAAUGAACUUUGAAGUUUUCAUUCAUAAAGUGGAUGGCUUAUCGGAUGACCAUAAAAUUGAAACUCAAAGGGACAUCCAUCAAAGAGCCAAUGAUGAUCUUGCCGAUGCUGGCUUAGAAAAACUACAUCUUAGCUUUUAUUUGACCAGCAUCUAUGAUCACUCAAUAUUUGAGGCCUUCAGUAAGGUGGUGCAGAAGCUCAUUCCACAGCUGCCCACUUUGGAAAACUUGCUGAAUAUCUUUAUAUCAAACUCGGGGAUUGAGAAAGCUUUUCUUUUUGAUGUUGUCAGCAAGAUCUAUAUUGCAACAGACAGUUCCCCUGUUGACAUGCAGUCCUACGAGUUAUGUUGCGACAUGAUUGACGUUGUCAUUGAUGUUUCUUGCAUAUAUGGGUUAAAAGAAGAUGGCAGCGGUAGUGCAUAUGACGAGGAAUCUAUGGCAAUUAUAAAACUCAAUAACACAACUGUUUUAUAUUUAAAAGAAGUGACAAAAUUUCUAGCCUUGGUGUGUAUCCUCAGAGAAGAAAGUUUUGAACGCAAAGGCCUAAUAGACUACAAUUUCCACUGCUUCCGGAAGGCCAUCCACGAGGUCUUUGAAGUGGGCAUUUCCUCUCACCGCCCCUGCGGCCAUCAAGCAAACAUUCCCAAUUUGAAAGCGGUGACUCAUAACGGCACCCCGAAGGAGGACUGAGUCGGGACGGCCUGGGGCUGGCUUGUCUACCCUGGGUCUGGAUCGGGGCAGGAGCAGCAGCACGGAGGACGGGCGGCACAACGUCAUCCGUUUCGUUUGAAGCAAGCGGAGUCUGCCUUGGGGACUUGUUGUCAUAGCUCAUAUGGACACCCAGGAGAGACCCUAUGAGGGGAAGCCGAGAUGCAGAGUGGUGCCUUUCGUUGUAAUUAGGCAGGCAGCGUCUCCUCCACGGGAGAACUUCCUUGUUUGUUUCAGGAUGUGCUCCAGAGGCUCUGAAAUUCAAACGUGGUUCAUAAUUUAUUUGAGUACAUGCUCAACACAUUCCACCUGAGUUGUCACAUACUUUUGUGGUAAUGCCUGCAAAAAGUAAUAUAUCCUGUGACCUCUCCUCUGCAAACCCAUGGAAUGAAAGCGCUUAUCUGCUUUUCUAGCUCUAACUGUCCUCAGAACUGUUUGAAAUGUCAUGCCUUGAAUUGUCAAGCUUUUGGUCACUCGGUAUCGGUUCCCACAUUCGUUCUUGCACUGUUUUUUUACUCAUUCUUGUACACUUUUUUUCUGAAGCCUCUUUGGGCAGCACUGGCUCCCUCAGCUAGGAAACGGAGAGGAGCGCCGUCCCUUAGAGUGGGCACGACUGAUCAGGAGAAGCCUUUACACUCUUCACAAAUAAUUCCAUUUCAUCCUGCCAUGGCUACUAUGGCUAGAAUUCAUUCAGUUUCAUUCCAUAUUUCAUUCUUGAGACCGCAUGAUCAUAUAGCGGGUCAUUUUAUUUUUAAAAAAGAUAAGUACGGCUUUGACAAGAAUGGAGCAAUUAUAAGUUUGGGUUAUAAGUUGCAAAUAAUUUUGCUCAUUUUUAACAAGAUGUGAAACUUCCUUCAGUAAGAAUACUUUCCAUCUGAUGAAAUGUUUUCUGUGACCCUUCCUGUAGAUCCUUUGUUCGGGCAGGUAAAUGCCAUUCUGUUAAUGAUGAGAGCACUUCCAGAGCCUCAGACUCUGUUCUUUACUCAAAAGGUCUGUGUGAGUUUGUUGAAGGUUUCACAGAUGCUUUAAUACUCUUCACGGGGGUUUGCAUUCUGCCGGAAGGCCAGGUUUGGAGCGGAUAUGUUCCCAGGCUGCAUUAAUAAAAGAUCUUUAUUUCGACAAGUUUCUCUCCUCUGAAUGAAAUACAAGGAAAUACAGAUAUUAGUAUCCAAUGGGAAGUUGUAAACUCACAUAUAUUGUGGUGGAAUGAAUUAUUGGCUGCAGUCGUAGAUUCUAAUUAACACCUUACAGAAAUUAUGUCUUCUGCUUUACCAUGUUUUCUUUCAACUUGUAAGGAAAACUAGGCAGCUGUUUUUGCCAAGCAGUGCUGUGGAUUUCUCUUGGGGACAUUUUUUGCUAUAUGCAUACUUUUGCAACUGUUAUCUUUUUUCUUUUUCUUUUUUUUGGUAUUUUUUCCCUCCCCCCCAUCACUUUUCUUUUUUUGCUUCGUAAGAUGAUCUAUCACAGUAUUGGUGCUGAAAUGGGAGUGCGUGUGCGCACACCGGAAACCGGAAGAGCAUCAGCUGGUCUUUGCGUGUGCAUAUGCUCCAGAAACCUGAAGACUAGGUGGCCGGCACAGAAAUCGGAAGAUCAUCUUUCCGGCGUGCACAUGUGCACCGGGCGGCAGCUCUUCCGGUUUCUGGUGCUCCCACACAUGUGAAGACUAGCUGGCCAGCCCGCCGGAACCCAGAAGAGCAACAGGCGAUGGCUUGCCUGCCUGGAGAGAUGACUCUGCAUGCCACUUCUGGCAUGUGUGCCAUAGGAUCUAUCACGUAAUGAUCACGGAUCUAUCACGUAAUGUUAAUAACCCAAAUCCAAUUUAGCCCUCCAAGUGUCUUUUUCAAAUCCCCUUUUUUUUUAAAUUUACAUUUAUAUCCCGCCCUUCUCCAAAGACUCAGGGCGGCUUACAUUGUGUAAGGCAAUAGUCUCAUUCUAUUUGUAUAUUUAUAUACAAAAUCAACUUAUUGCCCCCCCAACAAUCUGGGUCCUCAUUUUACCUACCUUAUACAGGAUGGAAGGCUGAGUCAACCUUGGGCCUGGUGGGACUUGAACCUGCAGUAAUUGCAGGCAGCUGUGUUUAAUAACAGGCUUCUUACAGCCUGAGCCACACCACGGCCGAUUUUCAGUGUAUUGUUCCAGUAGAGUUUUAGUUUUUAAUUUAAUUUACCUUCUGAAUCUUCAAAAAGCUCAGUAAAUAUUUCCCAGCAUUCCAAUUGCCUACUAAGAUAAAGUCAAGGUCAGAUAGUUUUCCAGAUGUUAUUUACUUUCUCUUCAUUUCCUUUGGAUUUUGUACAAUAUUUUAUAUUCCACAGAAUAUAAAAAACCAGAAGCAACUGAUCAUCAUUCAGUCAGGGGAGUUCGAGAGAAAGUUUAGAAAAGCUGUUACUUGUAUCUUUUCUUUUAUGUACACUGAGAGCAUAUGCACCAAGACAAAUUCCUUGUGUAUCCAAUCACACUUGGCCAAUAAAAAAUUCUAUUCUGUUCUAUUCUAUUCUAUUCUAUUCUAUUCUAUUCUAUUCUAUUCUAUUUGUCACUUUUCACACUGUUAUUUGGCUUUUCCAGGCUUCCUAAGUUUUAAAUCAUCCUUUAGCUUUUUCUUUUACUUCUAAAUCUUUAAUCUUCCUCUUUAGAUUUUAGUCUUUAAUUUUUCUCCAUAAAUCCAAUUGCUGCUUUUUUAGCGUUUGGAGAAUAUUUUUGGAAUUUUAAAAUCUCUGAGGUAACAGUUGGAAAUUUUCUCACCCAGUUUCACUGCUCUGUCCACACACUGCUCCAGCACAAGGUCUUAAUGUCCCGGUUGUCCCAGCUUGUGACUUGACCAAAAAUGGCCAUCAUCCCUGCUGCUGUUCAGAAGAGCUUUCUUCAGAUCAAUGAGGAAAUUGCAUUUUCCUCACAAUCUCAGAAGUGUCUCUUCUUUCUUCACCUCCCCUCCAGGGAGGCUUAACCCCAUAGGGUCUCCCAGCAAGCAGUUGCCGGCUGCAUUUCACGGAGCCCAGCAGAAUGCUGCUAUUCUCCAACCAUUCUUGCUGUGAUGUCAACCAGAAGUCCUAUAUUUUUUCUUAUUUUGAACCUAUAAACACUGCAGAGAGUAAACAUGUAAAUCAUCUUUGCAGAAAGAUGUAGAAGAAAUGCUUAUGGAAUUAGCUAGGCAGCCAAAGCCAUGUUGACUCAAAUGUUUUGCACCAAAUUAUGGGUAUUAUUUUGAACAUAUAACAACUUUUAAUUUACAGUGCAAUUUCUGACCCUUUUGAAUUGUUAGUAAAUUCAUGUAUUAUGGUAAUUUGAUCACCAGUACCAUAUAUACUGUAUGUGUGGCAGAACCUCAAUGAAUAUACACAUCCCAAAACAUGCAUCAAGUGUUAAAAUUGUUACAAUGUGGAACAGUUUCUCCAUAUUUUUCAAAAGGAGAUAUCUCAAUAGCUACAUAAUGAAGAUACUGAAAUGAAUUCUAGCCAGCAGUGGAGUGGAUUGUUUUGAUUGAUUGAUUGAUUGAUUGAUCAUAGCGAUCAUAUUUAUACCCUGCCCAUCUCAAUGUAUAAGUGACUCUGAGCAGUUUGCAAGCAAAAAGGGCCAUUAAAAUCCUUAAAAAUAUACAAACUGAAAAAGAUGGACACCGUGUCCUCGAACCACCAACCACCCCCAGGUCUGUGCACCACUAGUAGAUCUCCAUUGGCAGAGCCAGAUCUUAAUGCCUUUCCAGAACAGUAGAAGCAAUCCACAGCUCCAGGUGGGGGCAACAGCAAAAAAGGCUGUGCUAGACCCCUGAAUCAAAAUUCUCUAACCAGUGGGACCUGCAAUAUGCCCUCCUGACAGACCAGGUGGGGAGGGCCAAUGAAUUGCUCAUGCCAUGAAGGGCUUUAAGUGACCUUCAACUGAACCUAUUUCUAGAAGGAAGGAAGCCAGCCAGCCAGCCGAUACAGCUCAGGUCGUGGAAUCAGCUGCUGAUUCAGUUCUACAGAGGAAUUAUUUAGUCUGUCAUUUGAACCUCUAUAACUGUUUGGUUCGGUUCUGCAACCCAACAAGACAGACACAGAUUUCAGAGGAGAAUUAGAACUGCAGAAAAAAUAAUUGCUACCAACCUGCCUCCCAUUGAGGAUCUGUAUAUUGCACGAAUCAAGAAGAGGGCGGUGAAAAUAUUUACAGACCCCUCGCAUCCUGGAUAUAAACUGUUUUAACUCCUACCCUCAAAAUGACGCUCUAGAGCACUGCACACCAGAACAACUAGACACAAGAACAGUUUUUUCCCGAAGGCCAUCACUCUGCUAAACAAAUAAUUCCCUCAACACUGUCGAACUAUUUACUAAAUCUGCACUACUAUUAAACUUCUCUUCGUUCCCAUCACCCAUCUCCUUCCACUUAUGACUGUAUGACUGUAACUUGUUGCUGGCAAUCCUUAUGAUUUAUAUUGAUAUACUGACCAUCGAUUGUGUUGUAUUAUGUUGUACCUUGAUGAAGGUAUCUUUUCUUUUAUGUACACUGAGAGCAUAUGCACCAAGACAAAUUCCUUGUGUGUCCAAUCACACUUGGCCAAUAAAAUUCUAUUCUAUUCUA